CAGCAAGAUAAUUAAACUUCAGAUAAGAAGAAACUAAUAUUAGAAGGAAAAAAGCUAUUUGCAUUUAAAGAAACCGCGUCCUUAACAAAAAAAAUCUCGUGCGUGUCCCUCCCGUGUGUAAAAAAAAAACUCUUUGUUCCUUAAACCGACUUUAUCAUAAAUGCAUAUAUAUCCUUUGCCCUCUCCACUUUUCUUUUCCUCAUCAUAAAAAACAUUCUCAGAGCAAAUUUCAAGUUUAUUUCAUUCAAUUUCGAUCCGAGUAACCAUGGAGUGUAGAUCAUUGGAUCUGACGAUUAUAUCUGCGGAGGAUCUCAAAGACGUUCAAUUGAUCGGUAAACAAGACUUGUACGCCGUCGUUUCCAUCAACGGCGACGCUAGGACGAAGCAGAAGACAAAGGUUGAUAAAGAUUGCGGCACCAAACCUAAAUGGAAGCAUCAAAUGAAGCUCACCGUCGAUGACGCAGCGGCGCGUGACAAUCGUCUUACUCUUGUUUUCGAGAUCGUGGCGGAUCGUCCCAUCGCUGGUGAUAAACCUGUCGGUGAGGUUAGCGUUCCGGUGAAGGAGCUUUUGGAUCAGAAUAAAGGUGACGAGGAGAAAACGGUUACUUACGCCGUGAGGUUGCCUAACGGGAAGGCGAAAGGAUCUCUCAAAUUCUCGUUCAAAUUUGGGGAAAAGUAUACUUAUGGAUCUUCGAGUGGUCCUCACGCGCCGGUCCCUUCGGCUAUGGAUCAUAAGACUAUGGAUCAGCCCGUCACCGCUUACCCGCCCGGACACGGUGCACCGUCUGCAUACCCUGCUCCUCCCGCGGGUCCUUCUUCCGGAUAUCCACCACAAGGACAUGACGAUAAGCACGAUGGUGUUUAUGGAUACCCGCAGCAGGCUGGAUAUCCAGCUGGAACCGGUGGUUAUCCGCCACCUGGUGCAUACCCACAACAGGGAGGUUACCCUGGAUAUCCGCCUCAGCAACAGGGUGGAUACCCGGGUUAUCCGCCACAGGGUCCAUAUGGUUACCCGCAACAAGGUUAUCCACCACAGGGUCCAUACGGUUACCCGCAACAGCAAGCUCAUGGUAAACCGCAGAAACCGAAGAAGCAUGGUAAGGCUGGAGCUGGAAUGGGACUAGGACUUGGGCUUGGAGCUGGUUUAUUGGGUGGGUUGUUGGUUGGUGAAGCGGUUUCUGACAUCGCUGAUAUGGGUGACAUGGGUGACAUGGGUGACAUGGGUGGUUUCGAUUUCUGAUUGCUGUGUUAUCAAGUUUUAAUUUCUUAGGAUAAUUGCUCUAAUGUUUUUCGUUUGAUGAAUCAUGUGAAGAACGUGAGAGAUCAAGUUUUAUCUUGUGUUUAUGUCUCCGGUUACUUAUUUUCUUCUAAUGAAUGUAACAUUAUGAUAUUUCCAAUCUCUGGCUGUUGAAUAGAAUGCAAUGAAACAUUGGAAAUAUAGUGUUGACUUUGUCACCUUUAUUAAGCAUUAGCCAUGCCAUAGAAAAGUUCCAUAUAAUUUGUCUAAGCAUAAUGUACAUCACAAAAGGUGUAAACAACUAAACAUAAUUGUACUAAUUGUUAAAAGCUUCCGAUUACUUUGAGCUUAGUUAAAGUUAAAGCCUGC